CGAGAUUCGAAGUGUUUCGGUGUACUAUAUUCCAGGUGGCGUGGACACGAGUGUAGUGACACAACUUAUUGAGACAACAGUUUAUCAGGAAUCUUCAUAGACGGAAAGUAUUUUCAAAAAUCAAUCAUGGCUACUGGAGAUAUAAAAAACAACCUCAGAAAAUUGAGAAGACAGCUAAGAGAAAUGAAGUACUGUCCCCAGUCUGAUGAUCCGCAACAAAUCUUUGAUGAGGGGAUCACAGAGGGUCGACUGACGUCAUUUCUUCCAUUAUGGCACUUUGCGUUCCUGAAAUAUUCCCUUCCAGUAGCAGAGUUUAUAUCGUCCAAGAACUUUGAAUUGUUUGGAAAGUCAGACUUGCGUUUUGUCGAGAUUGCUUUCAGAGUUCUCAGAGAUUUGUUUUCUUACAAACCCAAAUUGACCAAAGAUCAAAUGAUGACAAAUGGAUUCACAGAGCGUAAAAUCAUAAUAACAUACGAUAUUUUGAAUCUGAUUAAAGCUAAACACCAGGAGCUGGAACGUAAAUCUCGCAAACCCAAGACAAAUCUACAUUGCAACAAAUUCCUUUCAAAGUCUUUCACACCAGGUGCUACAUUGGAAGCUAGUAGUAUUCCAGUUACUUUACCCCAAAUACCUGUUCCAGAAAACCUUGUUCAAAGACAUCAUCCCUUAACUGUUGGUGAGGAGAUUCUUGUUAAUGAGUCAGCCAGAGAAGAAAGCGAAGCAGUAUUGGAAGAUAUUAGUAUUCCAGUUGGUGUCAAACGCAAGGAUGACGAAGAGCUAAGGCCAAUGGAUGAUGGUUACAAAAGUGCUAACGUAUCGCCAGUACUAGACAGAGGAGCUGUUCCGUCCAAUAUACAAGAAAAUCGCUUAAGAGUGGUGGAAGAAAGAAUGGCAAUGUUUGAGCGCAGACUGACCAAAUUGGAAGAGACUGUAGAUGAACUGAGCAACAAACAGAGCAAUCAUGAUGACCAUAAAAAUGGCACAACUGAUGGAGAUUUAACUACAAUCUUGAGUCGCCUAACCCUUGUUGAAUCCAGAGUUCAACUUCUUCAAUCCCAGAGCCAGAAUUUUGGUCUGCGAACACUACCUGCAGCUAAAGUGAUGCCAUCUACAAAGCCUGCAUCUCACAAGACCUUGCCACAAGGCCAUCUAGUCGCUGGUUCUCCAGUUUUACAAGGUGCUGCUGCUGCUGCGUCACUCCCAGACACUCCUCCAAUCGAUUCGAGCAGUCCAGUGAUACCUACUAGUACUAAAAGCAACACUUUCUACAACUUUGCUGCAACAGCUGCAGUUGCCUGUGCCGUUGCUGUACCGUAUAGAGAGACGCAGGUCCUUGCUGAAAGUACAACUGCAGCCACACCAGAUUCAACAGUUACAAGUGAAGGAGAAUCAUCAUCAGUUUUUCCAACUAUCUCGGUUAGUGCAUCAAAAUCACUAGAAAACGUUCCUGAAUCGACAACUUCGUCUGAUCAUGCUCAUGAUAGUAGUGAAGACCAAGCUGCAAGCCUUGCUGAUGAAGCUGCAAGCUCCCUCGCAGACAAAGCUCCAGGUACUCUUACAGACGACGCUGCAAGCCCUUUGACAUCAUCAUCAGAUGACAAAAAAAACAAUAAACCAGAAGAUAUGAUGAGCAAAUUUGACAGACUUACUCAAUUAAUAAGCGAUACUGAACAGAUGCUUGGCAUGGAUACAAGUCUAGUGCGCUCGCCUUCAUCAGAAGAUGAUGAAGUGUACACAGAGGCCAACUCAGAGAUGUAAACACAACA